AAGCUUAUCUUUAACAAAGAAAUGAAGUAGUUUGUAAAUAAUCUCCCCAAAGAUGUAAGAACAAGUGUAAUAAAGACAAGAAAAUGAAAGCAAAAAACAGAUUAUAGCCUUGCUUAGAAGGCAAAACUCCAAACAGAAUUAACUAAUCACCAAGUAAUAUAAUUUGAUUAAAAAGAAAAAGAAAGAGAAAGAGAGUUAAGGUCCUAUGAGAGGGGAAAGGAAAGGAAAGGAAAGGCGGCUAGAACGUGGAAAAAGGUAAGAGGUCGCAGCAUCGCAGGCGCAGCAAACAAACACUAAACUAAUUAAGCUACGGACUACUGAGUACUGACCCAACUACUCUACAAGUAUAUUUCAUGAUUUUGAAAAUUUCCAACUUGUCUAAAAUUCUUUCCUCAACUCUUCCCUACCAAGUACGAGUACCAAACGCCUUUUCUUUCAAAUUCACAAAACAGAUUUCUGGCUUCAUAUCACCAUCUAUCAUCCAUUUCUUCAUUUUAUAAAAAAAAAUAAAUAAAAGGGUGGUCAUCCAUUCCUGCCCAGAUCGGCAAUUAAUUGGAAAGAGAAAGAAGAAAUGGUCCCAAAAGACACAGUUACCUUCAACGUUGGCGGUAAAAUCUUCCAAACAACCUCUACUACGCUUGCUAAUGCCGGCCGCAAUUCCUUUUUCGGCGCACUCUUUGAUGAUCAUUGGAAUCUCAAUCUCAAUUCUCAAUCCAAACCCGACAUCUUCAUUGAUCGGAACCCCCAAUGCUUCCGUGUCCUCCUCGACCUUCUCCGCACCGGUGACCUCCACAUCCCUCCUAAUCUCCCUCAGAACCUUCUUUUCAGGGAAGCCCAAUUCUACGGCCUCUCUGACCAUGUCCGCGCCGCUAAGUGGGGCCCUUUUGAUGGUAACUGCCUCCGUCCCACCACCUCUGUCACCGGCCGUGCUCCCGGUGAUGGCACUGCCAUUCGUGCUGGCCCUGAUGGUGGCUGCUGUGUCGCUCAUGGCUGCAUGGUCCAUGUCUAUGAUUGGAUGCUUCAGGAGCACCCUCCCCUGCAUUUGGACUACCAGAUUGUCAACGACGUUGGCUGGUUGGAUGCUAACCAUGUCGUCGUCAGCGCUUGUGAGAGGCUCGGUCGUGGGGACGGUGGUAUGGGCCUAUUCAACGCCUCUAACGGAGAGCUACGUCAUAAAUUCCAAGUCCAACAUGAUAAUCAAGUCAAGAGCUUUACUGCAGGUGCCUUGGCUUUCAGCACUUCUGACUCUAACUCCAAAAUGAUUUACUCCAGCUGCAAGGGCAGAAGCAAUGAGUACGGCGUUGGGGUGUGGGACCAGGAGACGGGCCAGCAGGUCGAUUUCUUCUACGAGCCUUUAGGAUGGUCUCUUGGGGAUGCAGACAGGCUGCAGUGGCUCCCGGCCUCCAACUGCCUCCUGGUGGCCACCCUUUUUCCUAGGAAGGACAACUGUUAUAUCAGCUUGUUGGAUUUCAGAGCCAAGUCCAUGGUCUGGUCCUGGUCCGACAUUGGAGCUUCUGGCCCAAAUCCAAUUUUGGUCGAUGACAAGCGUGUCAGAGAUGCCAUAGCCAUGGAGGAUGCAAGCUCCAUAUGUGUUGUCAACGAGUUUGAGGAUUUGGGCUUUAUAGACCUCAGAAGCUCUGCUUCCAGUGUCAGGUGGAGCUCUAGGAGUCGCUUGGUUAAUGUUAUGAAAGCUAAUAAGAGGAUGCAACUUGCUGAGGAUGAGCCUUGCUACCCUAAGCUCGCCUUUCACAACUCCCAGCUAUUUUCUUCCAUGAAUGAUUCCAUUUCUGUAUUCUCAGGCCCUGAUUGGGUGUUAACCUCCAGGCUUAGGCGUGGACAUGGGGGUCCUAUUUGCGACUUCUCAAUCGCAGGGGACCGACUCUUUGCUCUUCACAGUGAAGAAAAUGUCUUCGAUGUCUGGGAGGCCCCUCCUUCCCCUCCCACUUUCUAAUACAGAGUACUCCAUGAUUAUUAUACUAACAUACAAUUGUAAGUGAUUUGUGUCUGUAUAUAAAAGUAUGGAUCUAUAGUGCCUUUCUGUUUGUCCUCCCAAACAUCUGUAACUUCAUUGAGCAGCCCGUUGCUGAGUCUAUACAGCCGCUGCGUUUAGUUUAAGGUAAAACUAAACUAGAAGAUAUGACAAGGCCUGUUUCUACAAAUUAUGACUUUUUAUAGAAAGAUUUCAAUAGCAAUUCAUACUACAAUUUCAGAGUUCUGUUAGCAAACACACACUACUUAUGUGCUACUAUUGAACAUAGUUUGUUAAUGAAAUACGAGCCUAUUUUUUUUAA